UUCGUUUAAUUGUUCUUUUUAUGGGAGUUUAUUUAAACUAUAUUCCCAUAUUUCUGCUAAACUUGAUCAGAAUUUGUAUGAAAUAAUUUUUUUGGUGUAUAUAUAAAAAAAAGAUGACAAUUUGAGAUAUGGGUUUUGGUUCUUUAUGGAUAUACUUUUAUUAUUUGUAUUUUUUAGAUGCUAAUAUGGAGGAUUAUGGAUAUUCCCAAGUUUCUGCUAAACUUGAUCAGGAUUUGUAUGAAAUAAAUUUUGGUGUGUAUAUACAUUAAAAAGAUGACAAUUUGAGACAUGGGGUUUGGUUCUUUAUGUAUAUACUUCUAUUAAUUGUAUUUGUUAGAUGCUGAUAUGGAAGAUUAUGGAUAUUCCCAAGUUUCUGCUAAAUUUGAUCAGGAUUUUUAUGAAAUAAUGUUUUUGGUGUAUAUAUACAAUAAAAAGAUGAAAAUUUGUCACAUGGGUUUUGGUUCUUUAUGUAUAUACUCAUAUUAUUUGUACUUGUUAGAUGCUGAUAUGGAGGAUUAUGGAUUUGAGUAUUCGGAUGAGGAGCCUGAAGAGCAGGAUGUUGACAUUGAGAAUCAGUAUUACAAUUCAAAAGGUUUGGUUGAGACGGAUCCGGAGGGUGCGCUGGAAGGAUUUGCCGAGGUGGUACGUAUGGAACCUGAGAAGGCAGAAUGGGGUUUUAAAGCUCUUAAGCAGACAGUCAAAAUUCAUUAUCGUUUAGGGAGGUAUAAGGAGAUGAUGGACGCUUACAGGGAAAUGCUUACUUAUAUUAAAUCAGCAGUAACACGAAAUUACAGCGAGAAGUGUAUAAACAACAUCAUGGAUUUUGUAUCUGGCUCAGCUGGUCAGAACUUUGGGUUGUUGCGGGAGUUCUACGAAACCACACUGAAAGCCCUUGAAGAGGCUAAAAAUGAAAGGUUGUGGUUUAAGACAAAUCUUAAGCUUUGCAAUAUCUGGUUUGACUUGGGAGAGUAUGGUAAAAUGAACAAGAUUUUGAAGGAGCUUCACAGAUCUUGUCAAAAACCUGAUGGCACUGAUGAUCAAAAGAAGGGGACUCAGCUCCUGGAGGUUUAUGCUAUUGAAAUUCAAAUGUACACUGAGACAAAGAAUAACAAAAAGCUGAAGGAAUUGUAUGGGAAGGCUCUUACAAUCAAAUCAGCUAUCCCCCAUCCUAGAAUAAUGGGAAUAAUUCGUGAGUGCGGUGGGAAAAUGCAUAUGGCACAAAGACAGUGGGCAGAGGCAGCUACUGACUUUUUUGAAGCUUUUAAGAACUAUGAUGAAGCUGGUAAUCACCGGCGCAUCCAGUGCCUGAAAUACUUAGUACUGGCCAACAUGCUUAUGGAAUCACAAGUGAAUCCAUUUGAUGGGCAGGAGGCAAAACCGUACAAAAAUGACCCAGAGAUCUUGGCCAUGACAAAUUUGAUCGCUGCAUAUCAACGAAAUGAGAUAUUGGAAUUUGAGAAAAUCCUUAAGAGCAAUAGAAGAACCAUCAUGGAUGAUCCAUUCAUUAGAAAUUAUAUAGAGGACUUGUUGAAGAAUAUAAGGACUCAAGUGUUGCUGAAACUCAUUAAACCAUAUACACGGAUCAGGAUUCCUUUCAUAUCGAAGGAGCUCAACGUACCAGAAGAUGAUGUCGAAACGUUAUUGGUGUCGUUGAUAUUGGAUAACCGGAUUCAAGGUCAUAUCGACCAAGUAAACAAAUUGUUGGAGCAUAGCGACAGGUCAAAGGGGAUGAAGAAGUAUACAGCUAUAGAUAAAUGGAACACACAAUUUCACUCUCUUUAUCAAACCAUUAGCAAUAGAGUGGGCUAAAAUCUGAGUUCAAUUGAAGGAAGAGUAGUGUUUUUUUGUUUCUAGCAAUGCAUGAUUAGCAGCAAGUUACAAAGAGAAAGAAGGACAAGAAGAAAGAGUACUAAUUUUCUCCUGUCUAUUUAUGUUUUCGACUUUACAAAUUUAGCCCUUUGUAUUUCCAUCCUCCUAUUCAAUUUUUAGGUUGAACUCUGAGAAAUUUUAAGAAUAAUGAGUACUUGCUUUGAUGCAAUGUUUUCCAAGUUGUGAGAUGAGCUUAUAGACAUUGAUUUUUUUGCCAA